AUGCCCGACUACACUCUCUACGCCUACUACCGCUCCUCGUGCUCCGCUCGCCUCCGCAUCAUCCUCAACCUCAAAAACAUCUCCUACGACCAAAUCACCGUCAAUCUUCUCAAAGGCGAGCAACUGUCGCCCGAGCACAAAGCUCUCAACCCAUCUGCGUCGGUCCCCCUUCUCAUCUCCAAUCGCGCCCCGGAUGCAGGCUUCAAAAUUGGCCAGUCUGUAGCCGCGCUCGAAUAUCUCGAAGAAGUACACCCCCUGGUGCCGGCCCUGCCACCGACAAGCGAUGCCAAGGGUCGCGCCACUGUGCGGGCGCUGUGUCAGGUCAUCGCCGCGGAUGUGCAGCCCGUCACGAAUUUGAGAAUCAUGCGGAGAGUGAGGGCUUUGGGCGGCGACGCGGAGGAGUGGAACAGGGAUCUCAUGGGCGAUGGACUGGCGGCAUACGAGGCCGUUGCCAAGGACUCGGCGGGCAAGUAUUCCUUGGGCGACGAUGUUACAAUGGCGGAUGCGAGUCUGAUGCCGGCCCUUUGGAAUGCCCAACGCUACGGCGUCGACCUGUCGCAGUUUCCGACGAUUUCUAAAAUCUUUGACAACUUGAGUGCGCACCCAGCGGUGCAAAAGGCUCAUUACUUCGUACAGCCUGAUUGCCCAGAAGAAUUGAGAAAGGAGUAA